AGUCCAAUCGCAGUUUGGAGUUGUUGCUGAGGAGGUUUCGUAGUCCGGAGGACAGACAAGCGUGUUCGAUGGAAGACGGCUCUACUUUCAAAAUGUUCCUGCCUUGCCUAAGGAAUUACCCGCUUUACAAAGGACAGCAUGCUGUAUUUAUUGUUCUUCUGUACAUCUUGACAGGUGUGGGGGGCAGUCAGGUGUUGGUUCCCCAGAAGGUGAGUGCUGUAUUGGGGAAGAAUGUGACGUUGGGCUGUAGCGUGGAGGUGGGGGCCAACCUCAGUCUUACCCAGAGUUCCUGGGAGCGCCGGCUCCCCACAGGCUCGGUGACUGUGGCGGUGUACAAUCCCGUGUUUGGCAUCUCGAUCCCCCCAAACUAUGUGCGCCGCCUGUCCUUCCGCUCUCCCUCCUCCCAUGACGCCACCAUCGUACUGGAGGAUGUGGGCUUUGAGGACAUUGGAGUGUACACCUGCAAGGUGGCCACCUUCCCCCUGGGCAACACACAGGCCUCCACCACUGUCAGCGUGCUCGUGGAGCCCAGGGUGUAUGUGUCGGCUGGCUCGGUGGCUCUGAUCGACGAGGGCAAUGAAACAGUGGUGGCAACCUGCAUCGCUGAGCGGGCCCGGCCCCCCGCCGAAGUCUCCUGGGAGACGGACCUGUUUGGCCAAUCAGAGGUGUCGCUGCAGGACGAGGCAAACGGCACGACCAGCACCCAGGUACGCUACCUGUGGCAGCCCACCCGCCACGUCCAGGGUCACGCCCUCACCUGUGUGGUGCGCCAUCCUGCCCUGCACACAGACUUCAGGAUCCCCUACCAGCUCAACGUGCAGUACGCCCCAGACAUCGUGGUGGUAGGUUAUGACGGUGACUGGUAUGUGGGCCGUGAGAACAUCCAACUGACCUGCAAAGCCAACGCAAACCCACCAGCACACCACUUCACAUGGAUCAGACUGGACGGGAAAAUGCCAGAGGGGGUGGAGAUAGUGAACAACACGUUGCUGUUUCUGAGGCCCCUCCAACGGAAUGACUCUGGAGUCUACAGGUGUGAGGUUGCCAAUGACAUCAACCUACGCAGCAGGGACCUGCGGAUACGCGUACAAGAUCCUCCCACCACCUCCAUGCCCUCCACCACCCCUGCGCCUGUCCUAACCGGCUCUGCCUCCUCAUCCACCUCUGUGGAAGAAAAGCGACGGGUCCUCUUCACCUCCCCCACCCUGGCAGCCCUGCCCCCCGACAACCACCUGGGUACCAUCGUGGGCGGGGCUGUGGGCGGAGCCUUGUUCCUCCUGCUGCUGCUGGUAGUGGGCGGGGUAUGUUACCUACGACAACGGCAGACCUUCCGCGGGGACUACUACACUAAGCAGUACCUAGGGCCUUCAGACAUGCAGAAGGCUCCUCCACAGCACAAGCUCCAACCCACUAAGCCUGCCAAUAACGUCUACCUAGACAAGGACCGCGAAGAGUGGGGCGACCGCGAACGCAACCACGUGCGGGACCGUGAACGCCUCCACAUGCAUCCAACAUCAACAACCAUCAUAAACAACCACAGAGAACCGGAGUACCAGCCCAACGGCCUAACGAGGGCGAUGAGGAAUGGAGACCACCAUGACCACCUGCGUAGCUACCCCAGCCCCCACCAAACAGGCCAUGCUAGAUACGCUGCCCCGUCACACCCACUGAGCACUGGCUCCCCCUACCUGUCGGAUGACUGCUAUGACAGCGGGGCUGAGGGGGACUAUGUCUCCCAUAUGGAUGGCUCAGUGAUCUCACGCAGGGAGUGGUACGUCUGAUCCCACCACAACCAGGCACGCUACCCUGCCAACAGACUCUGCCCACCAGAGAGAAGAGAGACCACAGCUCAGAAAUCAGAGGAGGAUUUCAUACAUUAUUUAAGAAAAGAGAAUACUCACAUGUUCUGCCUCUCUACAUAUCUCUACAUAUCUCUCUCUCUCUCUACAUACUGUAGUUUUCUCUUUCAACGUGCUUUUUCAUUUCUCAUACAGGAGGUAUUUUCCUCUGAUUUUGAUCCUCAUCAUGGAAGGUGUGUGGAUUGCCUAGCCACUCUAUGUGGCCAUGCCUUCAUUCUGAGCUAGAGGACAAAUCUGUUAACUACUUCAUGUGGGGUUAGGGCUCACAGUUCACUACACAUGCACUACUGGGUAGGCCUUGUGGUAUUGUUUUGAUGGCAAGCCUGCAGCAAUUUUCCUUUUUAUGUUAAUUACUUUGUAAACAAAGGCAGAACUCUUGCUCCUUUUCAGUUCAUGAUUCUUUAAAUGAAAUGAAAUCAUUUUUAGGGAAUCUGAUUUGACUAUUCUUGUUGACAUGAACCCAUGUCUGGUAUCAGCUUUCUGGGGGGGGGAGUAUUGGAGGAAGGAAAGAGGGAAAAGUGGACAGUAUUUACUUGUUAUUCCAGAUUUCAUUUAUUCUUGGUCUGUGGUUUGGUACCCACAGAAAGGGAAAAUAAUGUACAGCUUUCUGGCACAUACAUGUGUUGCAGUUGCUAAGUGGAUAUCACGGAUACUAAUCACAAAACAUUAUUGUCAUUAUGUGCUGUUCCACACGUAUGUGUGAGUGUAUUAUUAGUACCAGUGCCAACCUGGUCAAUAUUGUCACAUAGCAUUAGAUGCUGUCAUUGCAGCAGGAUGUCAUAGGUUAGAACUACUUCUGCAAUGUCUGUAUCAGUGUGGGGGUCCGUCUCAGAUAGCAGGACAGUAAUGAUAACUAACGAGUUACAACAAGUCAACUAAUACUCAGUUGUAUGUCACCUCUUCAUACAGAGAUGUUCAGCCCUUAAUAGAAUAAAAACAUAUUCAACUAGAGGUCCCUUCUCACAGAUGGGGGGGGUGGGUCUGUAUGUUCAGGAGCUACAUGCUUUCUGUCAGCACCCUCUUCCUCUCCAUUUGUAUCUGCUUUUCUACAUAUAAUCUGAAAUGCCCAUAAAAAAUAGAGUACGAUGUAUAGACUGUCUAUGUUAAAGGCUGUUUAGAAUACAGUGAAUGGGCAUAAUACUUCUACUUCUGUUGUUAUUUCAGCUGUGCUACUGUGAAAUAAGUAGAGAAUCGUUGUUCUGUCUAGUGAGAUUUCCUCUGUUACUCACUGCUCUGGGUUCAGUUAUGUGACCGGUGCCUUAUCCCAGAAGAGCAGUAAAGUAAUCAUGUAAAAUGUACAGACAGAAGUGCAAGGCCCGUUUGAUCCUCUGUUGAGUGAGAUGUUUGUUGCCUUUUUUUCCCCUUUUUUUUCUUUCAUUUUUACUAUUUUCUUUACAAUGUUUUGAUUGAGUUGUUCUGUUUUUGUGGCAUAUCCUCUUUUCUCUAUUCUCUGACGAUAGCAUUAUUUUUGCUCGUACAAUGAAUGACAUUUUGCAAAGUUUGAGUUGCAAAACACCUGGACAAAGCUGAAUUAAGCUAAAACAAUGAUAAUGAUCGUAUUGUACAGUUCCUAUAUGGCAGUUUUCUGUCAGAGCAGCGGAGUUAAAGGGAUUGAUUGGUUUCCUUACCCUGUAAGCAGUCUAUGGACAUGGUAUGACAGAAAUCCAUGCUUUGGUUUAGAUUCAGAUCAUCUAGAAGUGACUUUGUUGAGCUUCACAAUCAAUUUGAGAUACUUUUGGAUGAUUUGGACAUGAUGCGUGAAAAAUGAUAUCGUUCCCAUGACUUGAAUGGGAGUUGUCCCACAAAAUGCUAAAACAUUAGCUUGUGGAAACAGUGCCUGAGAAAGCAUGGAUUUUUGUCAUACCUUGUCCAUAGACUGCUUACAGGGUAAGGAAACCAAUGUGUCAUUUGGGUGAACUAUCCCUUUAAGUGUGCAUGGUAUAUAAGAAAAUUAAGUGGGGAUUUUUGGACUUUUGGACCAGAUGGUUUUGUUUAGUUCUUGUACAAAGUCUGCGAAAAUGGAGAGUGGAGCACCCCACCACCUCACCAGAGUCAACCUCCAAACGUAUUUCACAUUCUCCUUGCAAGCACCUUCCCAUUGUGUUCAUGCUUGUUUUGUAUAUAAGAGAAGAGCUACUGUAAGUAAAAAAAUAUAUAAUGCAAGAAAACAUUUAAAAUAAUCACAUGUUGUAUCAUCAAUGACAACAAGCAUUAUUUUGUACAUAUUUUUUUUGAAAUACUUUUGUUUUCAAUAAAGCACCUUUUUUUCUGUGA